UGGAAGAGUGGCAAAGCUUUCAUAGACUGGACUUCUCAUCAAAAGAACUGCAGAACUCCAUGUUGGUGCAGAAAUCUUAUUAUAGUUUAGGAAAACUCUUCUCUUUCGAACAAAAUGCCAUCCAGGAGAAAAACCUUGAUGUUCGCCUCUGCUUUUUUCACCAGCCUAUGCUCUUUUGUUAUAGUUUGCAUUGUGCUUGCAACUAAAAACUGGGUAUCAAGUGAAAUUAACAAUUCCAACGAAAAUUCCAGUAUGAAGCUAAUAAUUACAUAUGGACUUUUUCAAGGAGUUUGCUCAGAUGUAUCUCCUGGAAUUAGUUCACCUCACACCAGUUUUCAAGUUGCAGGUGCUCUAGAAAAUGAUACUUUGAAGAUUUUCAACAGUGUAAUUAUAUUUCUGCUGGUUAUUACUAUGCUCAGUUCCUUCCUUAGUUCUGGAUUUACCUGUUACAAUGCCAUUAGCAACCCAUACCAAACAUUUUUGGGACCUAUUGGAGUUUAUACCUGGAAUUCUGUGUCUUGCAUCUGCUGUCUCUUAAACCUAAUAUUGUUUGCAGUGAAUGUGGAAGUAAACAAACUGUCCUCGGAGCUGGCCAUGAAACAAUGCAAAGUUUCCACAGCCCUUGCACAAACCAACUCAUAUGGAUAUUCAUACUGGAUCAUGCUUGCUAUAAUUGCCCUCAAUGCUACAACUAUUAUCAUCAUUGUUUUCUAUCAACGUGCAAAGUAUUCUAAGAAGAAGGAACGAGAGAGACCUUUGGACAGUGCACCCAAGGAUGGCAUUUUAUUUUAAUGUGAUUAUUUCCUUACUUUAAAACAAACAGAGCAAUCUUCCAUUUCAAGAUAAAAUGUGGAGUUACGGCCGUGUGAGGUUCACUGACUUACAUGGUAUCAUGAGAUACAAGGGAAAUGAAGAAUAAAUACAUAUUAGGACUUGUAUUUAAAGUGUCAACCCUUGAAUUUCUAUAGCUGAUAUUAUAAUUGAUAAUCUUCUUUCAAGAACCAGUUUGGUGUAGUGGUUAAUGCAUCAGUACAGAAACAGGGAGACCAUGAGUUCUAGUCCUCUUUUAGGCACGAAGCCAGCUGGUUGACCUUGAGACAGUCAUUCUCACUCAGACCUAGGAAGGAGGCAAAGACAAAACACUUCUGAAAAAUCUUGCCAAAAAACCUGCAGGGACUAGCACUAUUUGGUCAUUUGAAGGCACCAAAUAAGAUUGUUUUUUUCAGCUUCGUUCCAAAAUUGUAUAAUAGAGGUACAAUAAAGUUUCAAACAAAUAUGUUAUUUAAAA